AAAUUGCAAUAGCUUUUCCAAAAGAAAAACCCAAAUCUCCAUAACUUCUGAACUCUAUAUCAUCUACACCACUAUAGCAAUUUGGAAAAAUUGAUUGAACUCAAUCUUAUAUUCCAGUUCGCUUAUUAUAUUCAUUCCCAUGCAUGAUCUAAUACCACUUAACAGAUUCACUACCCUUUUGGCUUCUGCUCGCUUACCGGAGAAACCAGAAGUCAACGACAAUCUCUCAGAAAAAGAAGUAGAAGAAGAAGCAGAAAAAGCUGCUUGACAAUCACACAAUCAGACCCAUUCCAAGAGCAGCCCGAGUCCCAAAAACGAAGAGAUGGCUCGACUCUGUAGAAACCACUUUCUCUCACCUCACCACAAGAUUCAUUAAUGGCUCCGGUGACACUGAAAGUGACCCUGUAUUGAUACACUUGUGGCAGUUGAGAAAUAACCUUCUGCCAUUAAUAGCUUCCGCCUUUACUCUCCAUGAACGAAUAUAGAGAACCAAAGCCUCACAGACACGUAGGUACAAAUACAACAUAGCAUACAAAGAGAGAGAGAGAGUGUGACUCUCUGCAUAUUUGCAUAUAUAGAGCAAAGAAUUAAAGUUUCUGAUUUAGAGAGACAGAGAGACGGAGUAAUGAAAUGCACGGACAUCAUCAUUAUCAUCGCCAUCACCGUCAAUAAUGACAAUGACGGAGCUCUUUAGACUGUCGUCGUCCUCCCCACCGCACUAUCACUCUUUGCCAUGGAAGCUCAGCUAAAGCUUGUUCUUUUUUUCUUGGCCGUAAACUCGGUCUUGUCUCAGCAAGUGCGACUGAGUUCUGAAUCGGAAUGGUCGGCGUUACUGGACCUCCGGUCGUCGUUAGGUAUUAGAGCCAAAGACUGGCCCAAAAAGUCUGAUCCUUGCUCGAACUGGACAGGAAUAGAGUGCCGGAACGGCAGGGUUAUCGGGAUGAACUUAUCGGGAUUAAGGAGAACUCGACUUGGCCGUCUCAACCCACAGUUCUCAGUUGAUUCUCUGGCCAAUUUGACUCUGUUAGCGUCGUUUAAUUCAUCUGGGUUUUUGCUUCCUGGGUCUAUACCCAACUGGUUCGGCCAAUCCCUAAUGGCACUCCAAGUGCUUGAUCUUAGGUCUUGUUCAAUUGUUGGUCCUAUUCCAUCUUCAUUUGGAACUAUGGGUAGACUUAAUUCUCUGUAUUUAUCAAAUAAUUCGCUUACUGGGACUAUUCCUUCUACUUUGGGGAAUUUUUCUUCAGUAGCUGUUGUUGAUCUUUCGCAAAAUUUAUUGACAGGAUCAAUUCCAAAUACUUUUUCAGAUCUUAAUAAUCUUACUACUCUUGAUCUAUCUUCGAAUUUCCUAUCCGGGCCAAUUCCUUCUGGUUUUGGUUCACUUAGGAGUCUUCAGUUCUUGAAUUUGUACAAUAAUAGUCUAGAUGCUUCUAUUCCUGUCCAGCUGGGUAAUCUUUCUCAGCUGAUUGAACUAAAUUUGGGAUCCAAUUCUUUGUCUGGGUCAUUACCAGGGAACUUAGGAGGGAUGAGAAGUUUGCAGAAACUGUUGAUCGGAAAUAAUGAUCUAGAGGGUCCAUUGCCGGAAGCUUUGUGGAAAAUGCAACAAUUGCGGUUUCUUGAUGUGUCUGACAACAACUUCACUGGUGUUUUUCGGAACCUUACUGCUGCUUUUAAUGCCAGCGGUGAAGUGUUCAACUUCUCAAACAAUCAGUUCUAUGGAAGUUUGGUUUCUGUAGUAGGCAAAUUUGGUUCAAUAUAUCUGUCUGGUAAUUAUUUUCAAGGUGUAGCUCCUAAUGAUAUUGGAAUAAACAUUACCGUUGCUAUAAAUUGCUUUCAGAGUGUGCCUAACCAGAGGAGUUUCGAGGAGUGUAGGAGGUUUUAUGCUGACAGGGGUCUAAGUUUUCGUGAUGAAAGUGCCCCAGAUGCAAUGCAACCUCCGUUGCCAGAACCUUCAAAGAGCAAAAAGAGAUUGACAUAUGUACUGGUGGGAAUUUUUGGUGGACUGGGCUUCAUUGUGAUAUUGGUAUUGGUGUUGGCACUGCUCUUGAAAACAUGUCAAAACAGAAAUGCAAAUCAAAGAGGGAGUGCAAAUUUGGGGCCUGUUCCACAAGGAGUCAGCACAACACCUCCCAAGGAUUCUAUUAGUUUAUCAGGUCUGGGAGAAUCAUUUACAUUUAUACAAAUGCUCGCAGCAACUGAUGAAUUUAGUGAUACAAACCUCAUCAAACAUGGUCACUCUGGAGACCUCUUCCGGGGAACAUUGGAAGGUGGUUUACCUGUAGUUAUCAAGAAAGUUGAUUUGCGUUCCUUCAGAAAAGAAUCUUACAUAUUGGAGCUGGACGUGUUCAGCAAGGCUACACAUACAAGGUUAGUCCCACUCUUGGGACACUGCUUGGAGCAGGAGGAUGAGAAGCUAUUGGUUUAUAAAUACAUGCCGAACGGAGAUUUGUCUAGUUCCCUGUACAGGUUUACCAAUUUGGAAGAUGACAGUCCACACUCUCUGGAUUGGAUUACAAGAUUGAAAAUUGCGAUAGGAGCUGCAGAAGGUUUAUGUUACCUGCACCAUGAUUGUAACCCUCCCCUUGUUCACAGAGAUAUUCAAGCAAGCAGCAUCCUUCUUGAUGAUAAAUAUGAAGUAAGACUUGGAAGCUUGAGUGAGAUCCGUGCUCACGGAGUCGAUAAUCAUCAGAAUGUGGUUUCAGGGUUGCUGCGAAGGCUACAGACCACUAAACAGGGCUGGUCUGGUUCUGGUAAAUGCAAUUCUCUUCUAUAUGUAGUUUAUUCCUGUAAGUUUGUAAUUGGUUAGCAAAGGGGUGCUAUUUAACGGUUGGUUGGUUAGCAACGGAAAUGGUGUUAAAGAUUUUAGGAAAACUGAAACAUUGGUCUAAAAUUUGACUCCUGUCAGACUUAGCCACUCAUUCACCUCUUCAAGGCAUAUUUUCUGCAUAUACUUCAUUAAUUCAAAUUAUUUCUUCAAAGUAUGUACUAAUAUGCUUCAUCUUUCUGGAAAUGAACAGGACCAUCAUCCAAUAUAUGUGCUUACGACGUAUACUGUUUUGGAAAGGUCUUACUUGAGCUUGUAACGGGUAAGCUUGGCAUCAGCACGUCAGAUGAUGCAUCUACAAAGGAGUGGUUGGAACACAAUCUACCUUUCAUCAGUAUAAAUGAGAAAGAACUGGUGUCUAAGAUUGUCGACCAAUCUAUGAUCUUGGAUGAGGACCUAAUGGAAGAGGUGUGGGCUGUGGCAAUAGUGGCUAAGUCAUGCCUUAAUCCCAAGCCUUCUAGACGCCCUCUGAUGAGACAUGUCCUCAGAGCACUGGAAAACCCUUUCAAAGUGGUGAGACAAGAAAAUCUCAGCUCUGCAAGGCUAAGAACAACUUCAUCAACUAGGUCUUGGAGUGCUGCUUUUUUUGGUAGUUGGCGUCACAGCUCUUCAGGCGAAACCAAUAAAGAGGGUACCAGCGGCCUAAAGCAGUCGGGAAGAACAGGCUCUCAUAGUAGUGGAGCAAUUACACAAUCAUCUUCACAUAAAAGAUCAUCCAGUGAGAUUUUCCCUGAGCCAGUUGAAGUGCACGACAUAGAGACAGGAUGAAUGGUAGCAAAAGUUGGGCAUAAUAUUGUGACCCACCUUUCUAUAAAUUCUAUUGCUUGGUGAAUAGCAUUUCUGAAUCUACAAUUCUUUUUCAUCUAUUCUAAGAAUUUAUAGGUCAGGGUGGAGCCUAUGUUGUUAGGUCCUAUUGAAAAAUGGUUCGUGUCGGUGGUUCAGGGCGUGGAGCUGCUGAUAUUGUGAGGUUUUUAUUGGUUCCAAGAGCUUGUUUAUUUUUUUGAAUACAAGCUGCAAGAUUCAUCUGUAAUUUGCACUUUUCAUAGAUAUAAAGUGCCUAAAUGGAUUGAAAAUUGUAAAUAUUAGUCUUAGCACUCGUGGAAUAAUCAAAAU